AGCCUUCUGGCCCAUGCCGUGAAGGGCGCACGCGGCGCACACGGCGCACGUCUGAGGCAGGGCGGCCCGCACCUGUGGCGCCAUGCCGCUGGCGUGGAGCGCCCAGAAGUCGCCCCCGCGGCACGGGUCGCCCCCACUCGGCGCGCCCGCGGCCGCCUCCGCCCCAGCGAAGAAGCAGCGAGUCUCGUUCGCCAGCACGGUACGCAGCAAGACGUUCGACGUCGCCAGCCAGGACCCGAAGCUGAUGAGCGCGGAGGAGCAGAAGAUGCUCUCUCCCCUGAACUCGUCGGUGCAGACCAACGAGGAGACAGGUCCGGCCCACCCGUACAACGAGGACGACUCCACGCAGGAACUCCGCUUUCCCGGCCUCAGAGACCUGUGUGCCACGCCGGACCACGGCGGGCGCCGUGGGUCCAUCUGGGGGCUCCGGCCGGCGCACCUCCCUGGAGGGCUCGGCCCGCCGCCGCUCCCCGGACGGCAGCGCCCCCGCGGCCGCGCCGCUGUGGCCUCCCCGGCCGCUCGGCCUCGGGAGGAGCCAGGCGCGCCUCCGCCUGCGGCGAGGCCGCUGGCCGCGGCGCCGCCUCGGACGCCGGUGCGGGCCCAUGGCGCGUGCCGAGGCGGGUCCGACUCGGAGGACUCCGCGCCGGGGGCGGGGGAGGAGCAGACCGACCUGACGGGGAAGAUCAUGUCUUUGACCGGCCUGGUCAAGGCGGAUGAGGAACAAGCCGACUGGUCGGGGUUCGUGGGCCAGCCCCGCGCCGCUGGGAACGGCAUGGGGGCCCAGACGCCGGCGCUUUCGCCGGCCUCUUCGUCGCAGGUCACGGGGCACAUCAUGUCCCUGACCGGCCUGGUCCGGGCCGAUGAGGCGGAGGCCCACCGCGCGGGCCUCGCGGAGGCCCACCGCCGCACCGGGAGCGCCGGCGGCACGGGCACGGGCGCCUGGACGCCAGCGCUGUCGCCGGCUCCCUCGUCACAGGCUUCCCCCGCCCUGCCCAAGAAGUGGGACCUGUACCGGACGUACCAGGAGAGCGGCCGCGGCGAGUUCGCAGGCGCCGACGGCCCGUCGCCGUCGGAGGCGCUCCCAGCCGAGCCCGUGGCCCAGGGCCUGGGCGACGCCGGCUGCAGCGCGGAGCACGCGCAGGAGCGUCGGCCGCCGCUGGCCUCGCCAGAGCGGCGCUCCGACGACGGCGGGCGGCGCCUCUCGCCUCCGGACACGAUCGACAUGCGGGGCUUCGUGAGCGCCCUUGACGGCCGCCGGGGCGACGCCACCUUCGAGGUGCUGGACGAGCAGUCGGCGAUCCCCGAGGGGCGACGGUCGUUCCAGCCGUCCCUGCCCAAGCACAUUGGGGACCCCGUGCCGGAGCUGCGGCGCGUGGCGACGCCGUCCCGCUCGCCACGGAGCAGCAGGGAGCGCGAUGCGGCCGCGGACGCGGAGGGGUCGCGCGGCAGGGGCCAGGCGGCGCGGCAGGCUCUGCGGCAGGACCCGCGGGCGUCGCCGCCUCUCGGCGCGGGCGCGCCCCGCGCGGUGGCGGCCGUGCUCUUGGAGCCACCUCGUGAUGAUCACGAAAGAGAUGUCCUUGGAGCGCGAGUGCCAGAAUUGCCAACUUUCAGCAGCAAGGCGGGCCCGCGGGUCGCGCCCGACGGCCUCGCGGAAUUCUCGCCGCUGCGCGGCCAGUCGGAGUUCGUGCCCAUACAGGAGCCCGGCGCCUCGAGGAGGCAGGCCGACGAGCGCCCCGCCGACGCCCCGCAGGGCCCGAUGCACUGGGACCAGUUCCUCAGCCUCUGCGGCAUAAGCUUCCCCACAGAGGAGGUAGUUGCGCCUCGCCUGGUGCCCAAAUGGCGCGCGGCGUUAGCGAGAACCGUGCUCUUGUCGGCCGCCGACAUCGACCUGAUCCCGAUAAGGGGCUGCGCCGACGGCCACGGCGACACCGCUGAGCGCCAGAGCACUGCCGCGUUGCCAGGAGCCGUCGCGGGCCCCAACGCCCAGAGAGUCAGCACCCGCCACGCCCGAGCCGCCGGCAUCCUUCCCUGUGCAGCCUGCUCUGGCAGCAACAGGCGGGCCAGCCCCGACAGACCCGCGAGUCCUGCCUGGGACGCCACGGCGUCCACGGCGUCGCCACGACGGGAGCCCGCCGUCGGAGGGAAGAGGCAGUCGAGGCGGGCGGGGGAGCGCACUGGCUUGGGCAGCGGCUGGCUGAAGCUGCGGCGGGAACAGCCCGCACUGUUCCAGAAGGGGGUGAAGGUCUGGCUGCACCCGGAGGCGACCGUGGACGAGGUCAUCUGCAUCUGGCUGGCCGAGGAGGUGCCGGAGCAGACACUCAUUCAGGUCGACUCCCUUGCGGCGGAGCGCACGCAGCAAGUGCGCCAGGUGCACUUCCUCCGGCAGCAAGUGAAGCACACGAUCGGCCCGAAGCAGACGAGCAAACUUCAACUGAUUGACGUGCGGUACGCUGCCUUGGGUAAGAAGGAACAGCAGGCCCACGCGCCAGCUCUGCGCACGGCCAUGCGCCAGCAGGCGCGGGCAACGGGCGAGGCCGCCACGAUGGAAAACCGGACCGCUGCCUUGCUGCACUUGCUGAACGUGAUGCACGCUGCCUGCGUGGCUGACGCGGACGGCCCAAAGGAAGGGGUCGUCAAGGGGCUGCGCAUGACUGGCAUGCUGCAAGCUCUCCCGUGCGUCCACGGCGGCGGGCUGCGCCUCGCUGGCGGCCCCGAGUGGGCGGAGCACCCCCUGGGCAGCAGCAGCCGGCUCGGCAGGGACACCGUGCGCUUGCGGCUGGACGCUCUCUGCCUGGCUGGCCCUGUGUACCCCGACUGGGCCAAACUGAAGGAGCUCCGCAGGAAGCAGCGGCAGGCCGCCGAGGAGGACAAGGUGGCCCAGGACCUGGCUGCCGCAGAGGACGGCGAGCCUGACUGGACGAACCCUGCGUUCUCCUUCUCCGACGUGCUCUCUGGCUACCUGGCCCCCGCCUUCUCUGAGGGGCCCGAGGUGGACGCUGGGUUCCUCUGCCUCACUGACGUGGGUCGCGGGGCCGACCUCUUCCUGAACAGGCGCCAGAAGCGAAAGGAGGAGAAGCAGCACCAGGCGCAGGUGAAGCGAACAGAGACGAAGACGCAGCGCAAGGCCCUCCGGCAGCUCGUGCAAGGUGGAGGCAAGGAGGCCGCCCUGGCUGCCCUGGUCCCCCUCUCGAGCAAGGGCAGGCAGGCACAGGCGAAGAAAGGGGCCAGCGCCUCCGCGAAGGCCAAGGCGAAGCGGAAGGCCCAGCGCAGGCGCGAAGUGGCGAGGGAGGUCACCCGCGUGGUCACGGCCGCGAGGGAGGCGGCCCUGCCUGCCCUGACGGCCCCAGGCGCCGAGCUGGAGCAGAAGCGGAAGGGCCCGCCAGCGAAGGCGGACCUGGAGAAGGCCGGGGCUGUGCAGGCCCAGGCAGCACAGGACGCCCAGGCAGCUGCAGCUGCCUUGAAGCGAGCCACGGCGACGGCGAGGGCGGAGGCUGCGAAGGCGCGGGCGGCUGCCAAGGGAGCCCGCGACCUGGCCGAGCAGGUCCAGACCGACCUGGGUCGGUGGAGGACUGACGACGGGCCGAGCGAGGCGGACCUGGCUGCGGCGGACCGCGUUCUCUUCGAGGACGACACUGCGGGUGCGGCACCCGCGGAGGCGGCGCCUGCAGCGGGGGCCUCGGCGGCGCCGCCAGGCUUCCUGGGAGGCCGCCCGCUGCCUCCUCCUGCAGGGGCGGCCGCCGAGGCGCGGCCUGGCUCCCUGACAGGCCCUCCGCAGCCUCCUCCGCAGGGCCCGCCGCCUGCGGAGACAGGGGCUCCAGGCGCGGCCGCCGCGGCGCCGCCAGGCUCCCUGGCAGGCCCUCCGCAGCCUCCUCCGCAGAGCCCGCGGCCUGUGGAGGGCGGAGCUGCAGGAGCGCCUGCCGCAGACCAGGCUCCCGCGGCGGGGGCCUCGGCGGCGCCGCCUGGCUCCCUCGGAGGCCCCCCGCCGCCUCCUCCUGCGGGCCCGCCGCCUGGGGAGGGAGAGCCCGCCCUCCGCCUGGGCGACAAGGUCAGGCUGACGAGCGACGCCCACGUCCCACAGUCUGACUGGGGAGACGUCGUGGUCAGCUGCCUGGGCACUCCUGGCUGGGCGCGCUUCCGGAGCGAGAGGAACGGAAAAGGCAGGGAGGUCCGAGCACGGCUGUCUGACGUCACGAGGAUCGCCGAGGUGCGGGAGUACACCUGGCUGUCUACGGCAGAGAUGGACCUGGCUGGCCUCGAGGUCCUGUGGCGGCUGACGCCUCCUGACCUGGUCUGGCUGCCCUCGCAGCUCGUGGGCUUUCCCGUGGCGGAGAUGCUCGCGGCUGAGGGGACAGUCGUGGCCCCCAUCUACGCCAAUGGCCACUGGACCUGCCUGGUCUUGGAGUGCGGGCCCCAGAGCACGCGGGCCGCGGCGCCCCCGCCUGGCUGGGGCGCCGCGGGGCCGCCCAGGCCAGGGCCCCCCCUGCGCCACCUGGCCGGGCUCUGCCCCGACUGCAGGGGCACGCGCUGCGCCUCCUGCAACGACGAGCUGUUCUGGGCCAUGGAGGAGAGGCAAGCGCGGGAGGCCCUCGUGGUGGCACAGAUGAGGAAGCCCGUCCUCGCUGGCUGCCCUGACUGGGUGCCCACGUACUACGACACCCUGCGCGACGAGAGCGCGGCGUGCAAGGCCGCGGCUGCCUGCGCCCCGGCUCUCCUCGGCGUGCAGCGCGGCGUCCCGGAGCGAGCGAACGCCUGCCGGCAGGCGGGCACCACCUGCGGCUACUGGGUGGCCCACCUGUGCGAGGAGCGCUGCAGGCGCUGCCUGGGGGAGGGCUGCCGGUCCUUCCCCUUCGACCUGCAGCUGCGCACGAGCCGCCUGGCUGCGACGCGCAAGCGGCUGGGGCUCUAG